GACACCAGCGAGAGAGACCGGAAAUUACAUUGUGGUGGACCGGGAUAACACCACAAUUAUGGUCCUAUCAGUUUAGUCGCACUAGGACCCAGAGGCUGGAUACGAGAGCGGCUAGGCUGUGAACUACGAAAGCACGUCAAGUUGAAGGCACACCUGUGUAAACCAGAACAACAGAGCAGUGCAAAAGCGGGGCAUUACUUUGAAGGGAUUUUAUCAUGAGCUGCUGUGGUCACCAGGAUCGAUUGCCAGGGCGUUGUGGUGGAUAUUAACGUUACCGAACUCUCUGCAACAACAACUGCAACAACAACUGCAACAACAACGUAGGACAUAAUAUGUGGAUCAUUUAUGGACGUGGGCUUACUUAAGUUUACCUAAAGUGAAUCAAUGUAACGUUAUCGCUGUAAUAACAAUGAAUACGACACAGUAAACGGGUUUUAAAUUAAUGAAGAACGGUGUUACUACGAUGAAUGACGUACGAACAGCGAUAGCAUAUACCGGGUAAACAAUCAAAACAUGAGCCAAAGUGCUUGUUUACGAGAUGUAACGUGAUACAAGGAAGACGAAGAUCCUAUCAGGAAUCUUUCACUCAAACCGGUGCAUUUCGGCGGUCAGAAGAAGUUCCCAAUAUGCGAUAAGUGCGUCGUAUAACCUUAUCACCCCAUCCCACCAGCCAUGGAGGACCACGACCCAAUCGAAAGGGAGACGCCAGACGUGGCCGAACAAUCCGAGCACGAUGGUGCGUCAAUGGAAAACGGAGUCAUGCUGGUGGUCAAUCACAGUCGCAUCAAGCCCCCGUUCAGCGUGGUGCUGGCCACAUUGCUGUACUGUGCCGAGUUCAUCACUGCCUCGGUGAUGUGUAGCAUGUACCACAAGACCGAGGACACCGUCUGGCUGGGCUUCACGAUCUCGUUCGUGUUAAUGCCCGCUGUCCUGAUUCAGAUGGCGCUGACGUUCUUCCAUCGAGACCUGGGAAGAGACCGUCCAUUGGUGCUCUUCUUGCAUCUCCUCCUCCUGGGGCCUGUGGUUAGGUGCCUGGAAGCGCUGGUGGUCUACUACAAGGCCGGGAAGAAAGAGGAGCCCUACGUCACCAUCUCCAGGAAGAUCGGGCUGAAGCGGGGCCAUGACAUGCCCAUGGAGUGGGAGAUCGGACACUCGGAGCGCAAGCUGGCCGCUCACCGCAACGCCUUCAAGCGCACGGCGCUGAUCCAGGCCUUCCUGGGCUCCACCCCCCAGCUCACGCUGCAGCUGUACGCCACCAUCCAGGAGAAGUACUUCCUCCCCACACGGGUCGCCCUGAUGGUCAUCACCCUGGUGUCCAUCACGUAUGGCGCCCUGGUGUGCAGCGUGCUCGCCAUCCAGAUCCGCUACGACAACUACAAGGUGCGGCUGCGCCCGGGCGCCUACGUCUGCAUGAUCGUCUGGCGGGGCCUGGAGAUCGCCACGCGCAUCACGUCCCUGGUGCUGUUCAGCACGGCGCUCGUCCACUGGAUGAUCCCCGUGGGGCUGGUCAACCUGCUCUUCUUCUUCUUCCUGCCGUGGGCCGAGUUCUGGGCGCGCAGGGGCACGCUGCCCGAGAACGUGGAGAAGAACUUCUCCAAGCUGGGCACCACGGUGGUGCUGUGCAUGUUCACGCUGCUCUACGCCUGCAUCAACGUCUUCUGCUGGUCGGCCGUGCAGCUGGACCUGAGCCACCGGGAGCUGAUCGAGAAGAAGCAGCGUUGGGACCGCCUCGCCGUCUACUACACGGCCCGCUUCGCCGAGAACUGCCUGCUCAUCGGCCUGUGGUACGUCCACAAGUCGGACUUCUACGAGUACGUGUGCGCGCCCAUGCUGGUGGUGCAGCUGGUGGUGUGCUACGGCAUGGCCGUGCUCUUCAUGCUGCUCUUCUACCAGUACUUCCACCCGUGCAAGCGGCUCUUCAAGCACAACGUCCACGACUGCCUGCGCUGCGUGUGCUUCAAGGGCCGGGGGCGAGGGCGGAGGUCCGGCGAGCCGCGCAACUCCUACUCCACCAACGCCACCAUGGUGCUGGUGGCGGACGAGCUGCCGCCGGGCAUCGCCAGCCGACCGGACGACGGGGAGACGGACAUCUUGGACACCAUGGAGGCGGCCUGAUGAGGACGCGGGCCGGGGUUCAGGGAGGAGGUAUCUGACACGAAAGGACCUUUUAUAAACCGUGAAAGGACCCAUAGACGGUGGGACGACGCCUUGGAGUGAAUGCACAUCGGGGGGACAUGCUGUUAGUUACUUUGCACGAUGGAAGUCGAUGCAGCUACACCGACCUGUUUUCAAACGGAGUGGAGCACGCUGAUUUUACUGAUGGUGGGUGGUUGGAACGAGGAAGGGGUUGUUCACCGUGGACUUUAGGCCUCGAGUCGUGUUGGUCAAACGACUCAGACUAUGUUCUCCGGUUUCGCAAGCUAGGGUGCCGUCGGACGAAACGCAGAGCUCACCACUCAUUUACCGAAGCAGUCAAGAUCGCCGUGGCACCGGGAGUGCAAGGCGCUCGAAAGAAUGUCAUGUGUUGAGUGUUGGGUCGGCGGAGCACAAAGAUUACUUUGAGGGCAUUUGCUGCAACAGGCCAGGAAGAGGGAACCAGGUGUGUUGGCUUAGGUCCAAGUGGCUCAAGCCUUUAGGGUGGGGGGGAGGGGGUGUUACCAUUAUUUUAUUGUAUUAUUUUUUUUUUAUAAAAGAUUCUUUACCGCACAUUUGCGUUGCGUCCAUCACUGAAUAUGAAGCUGCACCAUCAAACCCCCUGAUUAAAAAGAAAGGAGACAAGAAAAAGCUCAACCUAAAGUUUACGUACCGAUGCUACUAACUCCUAUUUAUGAAAAGCAAGGCUUUUUUUAACUUAGGUUUGCCUGAUCAGUUUUGCCUUUGCACAUGGGUCAAUCUCUAAAGUGUUGCCGUGCUACCUAUAAAAGAUUUUAACCGAAUGAAAUAUAGAAGACGUGUAGAUGAACACUGCUAUUACAAAUUGUUGUUAUGGAGUAAAGCUAUCUUAUGUGUAUUGGUACGUAGGUAAUGCUGUUAUUUUUCAUGUCUUGAUCGUAAGCAUCAGUGCCUUGACCUCUGCUAUGUGUAGUCUACUUGAAUCUCCAAUUAAAUAAACUCUGUCUUAACACA